CACAGGGCCAAGAGGAAGAGGCUGAAAGGGGAAGCGGCAGCCGAGGAGCAGGCGGGUGCUGCCUGUGAGCGGAGGGCCUGUGGUCUGUCUGGAACCUGGAUGGACACCAUUGCAGGGCCCUCACAGAUGCCAACUCGACCAUGCAGAGCAGCUCCUGGGUGGCCCCGCUCCACACCACCCCAUGGCCUGCUGGGCAGAGCUGGCACGGUUCUGGGGCUGCUGGCUGUGCUGGGGCUGGGCAUCAUGGCCUUCACCCACCUCCUGGCGCGAGUGUCCCUUCCUCCUGCCUGCUGCCAGCUGCACUCCAAGGAAGAGCCCCUCGGGUCCUGGGAGGCCCUGGGCAGGGAGUCCCAGCCACAGAGGGACUCCUGCCAGCUUGUCCUUGCUGAGAGCUUCCCCCAGGACUUGCCGUAUGCCGCUGGCAGCCCCUCCGCCCAGCCCCUGGCCCAGGCCUGGCUGCAGCUGCUGGACUCUGCGCAGGAGAGCAUCCACGUGGCCUCCUACUACUGGUCCCUCACAGGCUCCGACAUCGGGGUCAACGACUCGUCCUCUCAGCUGGGCGAGGCCCUUCUGCAGAAGAUGCAGCAGCUGCUGGCCAGGAACGUCUCACUGGCCGUGGCCACCAGCAGCUCAGCACCAGCCAGGAACUCCACUGACCUUCAGGUGCUGGCAGCCCUUGGUGCCCAGGUCCGAUGGGUGCCCAUGCGGCAGCUCACCGGGGGUGUCCUGCAUUCCAAGUUCUGGGUCGUGGAUGAGCAGCACGUCUACAUGGGCAGCGCCAACAUGGACUGGCGGUCGCUGACGCAGGUGAAGGAGCUGGGCGCCAUCAUCUACAACUGCAGCAGCCUGGCCCGGGACCUGGAGAAAACUUUCCAGACCUACUGGGUGCUGGGAGCGCCCCACGCCACUCUCCCCAAGACCUGGCCUCGGAACUUCUCGUCCCACAUCAAUCGCCUCCGGCCCUACCACGGCCUCUUCAGCGGGGUGCCCACCACUGCCUACUUCUCGGCUUCACCACCUGCGCUCUGCCCACACGGCCGCACCCGGGACCUGGACGCGGUGCUUGCGGUGAUGAGCGACGCACGGGAGUUCCUCUACGUCUCGGUGAUGGAGUACUUCCCCACCACCCGCUUCAGCCGACCUGCCAGGUACUGGCCAGUGCUAGACAAUGCACUGCGGGCGGCAGCCUUUGGCCAGGGUGUGCAUGUGCGCCUGCUGGUCAGCUGCUGGCUGCAUACUGACCCCACCACAUUCCCGUACCUGCGGUCACUGCAGGCCUUCAGCAACCCCACGGCCGGCAUCUCUGUGGAUGUGAAAGUGUUCAUCGUGCCCCUGGGGAAUCACUCCAGCAUCCCAUUCAGCCGGGUGAGCCACAGCAAGUACAUGGUCACGGAGAAGGCAGCCUACAUAGGCACCUCCAACUGGUCGGAAGACUACUUCAGCACCACCUCAGGGGUGGGCCUGGUGGUCCACCAGCAGGCCCCCAGGGCCCAGCCGGGACCAACCCCUGUGCAGGAGCAGCUGCGGCAACUCUUCGAGCGGGACUGGCAUUCCCACUAUGCUGUGGGCCUAGAUGGACGCACCCCGGGCCAGGACUGUGUUUGGCAGGGCUGAGGCCCAGCCCCGGCUCCGCCCCCACCAUCCUCAUAGAUGCUGCUGCCCACUGGGGCAUCAGUUCGAUAUGGAACUGUGAAAGCAAAACAACUUUACUUGGGCCUGAGAACCGCAACUCGGAUGAAUGCAGAUUCUGCAGUUCUGACCGCGAGCUCUAGGGUCACUCAGAUUGCGUGUGGCUAAGUGAGCCCGGGGAUGCCCCACAGUGCCUGGGGAAGAAGGCAACAGUGUGGAGAGCGGCCCAGCACUCCACUGGGCCCCACUGGCUCCCACGAUCCACUGCAAUGGCUGCUAUCCCAAGUGUAAAGCUUUGGGUCAUGGUGACCACUGUCUAGCUGCAGCCCUAAUAAGAGACACGCAUGCUGUGGCCUGGCCCAGGUCAAGGUUA